CAAAGCCGGAAGUGGAACUGGAGCUCGCGGCAACGACACAAAACGCGCCAAAUUUCUAGUUCAUGUUGUCAAAGGAUCAACAUCGGAAAUAAAUAACUAUAAUAAUAUCCACUAUCACGUCGUCAAUGGAUGUGUGUAAACUUGCAAGGACCUACAAUUUUGUUUUAUUUUUAUCGACAGUACUUUAAUGGUAUAUUAUCGGAGUAGGUUUAAUAUCGCCUAAAAGUGGAGACUGGUCACAUUGUUGACUGUAACUAAUCAUCAGUUUUGAGGAGCUUUGAUAUUCUUGUCAGCUAUGGUUUUACAAAACAGUGGACGAUAUAAAUCAGACCGAGGAGGAGGAGAUCAGGACAACCAGCAGGAUGAUGCAUCGGCCAUGUCCGCUGUCAAGCGGCUGGAGCGCAGUCAGUUCACCGAUACAAUGGACGAGCGCUUCGGCUUUGAACGAAUGAAGGAGCCCGGUGAGAAGACCGGCUGGCUGAUCAACAUGCACCCAACUGAAAUUCUGGACGAUGACAAGAGAAUGAUCAGCGCUGUUGACUAUUACUUCAUACAGGAGGAUGGAAACAGAUUUAAGGUUGCCCUACCCUAUAAGCCAUAUUUUUAUGUAGCAACUAAAAAGAACUGUGAGAGAGAGGUCAUCUCCUUCCUGUCAAAGAAGUUCCAAGGGAAAGUGGCAAAGCUCGAAAUUGUCCCUAAGGAAGAUUUAGAUUUGCCAAAUCAUCUUGUGGGACUGAAGAGAAACUACAUCAAACUGUCCUUCAACACACUGGAUGACCUCAUGAAAGUGAAACGAGAGAUCUCGCCUGCUGUCCGUAAGAACAGGGAAAGAGAGAAGUCCAAUGAUGCUUAUACCAGCAUGUUAUCCAGUGCUCUGGUUGGUGGGAGUGUUGUGACCGAGGAUGAAGUUGUUUCCUCAAAGAAGAUGACUGAGCAGCUCGACAACAUCGUAGAUAUGCGAGAAUAUGAUGUGCCUUAUCACGUUCGUGUAGCCAUUGACCUUAAGAUUCAUGUGGCUCACUGGUAUAAUGUGCGGUACAGAGGAAGUGCUUAUCCUCCUGAGAUUGUGCGCAGGGAUGAUCUUGUGGAAAGACCUGAUCCUGUUGUUUUGGCCUUCGAUAUUGAGACCACCAAACUUCCACUAAAGUUCCCUGAUGCUGAAACGGACCAGAUCAUGAUGAUCUCAUACAUGAUAGAUGGACAGGGCUUUCUCAUCACAAACAGAGAAAUUGUCUCAGAGGACAUUGAAGAUUUUGAGUUCACCCCAAAACCUGAGUAUGAGGGUCCCUUCACUAUAUUUAAUGAACCUGAUGAGGCAUCUCUCAUCCAGAGAUGGUUUGAACACAUCCAUGAGACCAAGCCCACCAUCUUUGUCACUUACAAUGGAGACUUCUUUGACUGGCCUUUUGUGGAGACUCGGGCGGCCCAGCACGGCCUGAAUAUGUAUCGAGAGAUUGGCUUCCAGAAGGACAAUCAGGGGGAGUAUAAAGCCAGCCAGGCCAUUCAUAUGGACUGCCUCAGGUGGGUAAAAAGAGACAGUUACCUGCCUGUAGGAAGUCAUAAUCUGAAGGCUGCAGCGAAAGCCAAGUUAAGUUAUGACCCCGUUGAGCUGGACCCAGAGGAGAUGUGCCGCAUGGCUACUGAAGAACCGCAGACUCUGGCCACCUACUCUGUGUCUGACGCUGUGGCCACAUAUUACCUUUACAUGAAAUAUGUUCAUCCCUUCAUUUUUGCCCUUUGCACCAUUAUACCUAUGGAACCUGAUGAGGUAUUGCGGAAAGGUUCUGGGACCCUGUGUGAAGCCCUGCUGAUGGUUCAGGCGUUCCACGUCAACAUCGUCUUCCCAAACAAACAGGAGCAGGUGUUUAACAAACUGACAGAGGACGGUCAUGUUCUCGACUCUGAGACGUACGUUGGCGGCCACGUAGAGGCUCUGGAAUCUGGAGUUUUCCGCAGCGACAUUCCCUGCCGUUUUAAAAUGAAUCCAGCUGCAUUUGACUUCUUGCUUCAGAGGGUGGAGAGAACUCUUCGUCACGCCAUUGAGGAAGAGGAGAAUAUUCCUCUCGAGCAGGUCACCAACUUUAAUGAGGUGUGUGAGGAGAUAAAGAGGAAGCUGAUAUCUCUAAAGGAAGUGCCCAACAGAAUCGAGUGCCCUCUUAUUUACCAUCUGGACGUAGGGGCCAUGUACCCCAAUAUCAUCCUCACCAACAGGCUACAGCCCUCUGCAAUGGUGGAUGAAGCGACGUGUGCUGCUUGUGACUUUAAUAAGCCAGGUGCAAACUGUCAGCGCAGAAUGACAUGGCAGUGGAGAGGCGAGAUAAUGCCAGCCAGUCGGAGUGAGUUUCAUCGCAUUCAGCAACAGCUGGAGUCUGAGAAAUUCCCACCUCUCUUUCCUAACGGUCCUCCCCGUGCUUUCCACGCGCUCAAUCGAGAGGAACAGGCACGACAUGAAAAGAAGCGAUUGGGAGACUACUGCAGAAAAGCGUACAAGAAAGUUCAUCUGACCAGACUGGAGGAAAGAGUCACUACCAUCUGUCAAAGAGAGAACUCAUUUUACGUCGACACGGUUCGAGCUUUCAGAGACCGGCGAUAUGAGUUCAAAGGACUUCACAAGGUCUGGAAGAAGAAGCUGUCUUCAGCUCAGGAUAGCGGUGACGCAGCAGAGGUGAAGCGCUGUAAGAACAUGGAGAUUCUCUACGAGUCUCUGCAACUGGCACACAAGUGCAUCCUUAACUCCUUCUACGGAUACGUCAUGAGAAAAGGGGCUCGCUGGUACUCGAUGGAGAUGGCAGGGAUCGUGUGUUUCACUGGAGCCAACAUUAUCACUCAGGCCAGAGAGUUAAUUGAGCAGAUCGGGAGACCUCUGGAGCUGGACACUGAUGGUAUCUGGUGCGUCCUUCCCAACACCUUUCCUGAGAAUUUUGUCAUCAAGUCUACCAAUGAGAAGAAACCUAAAGUGACUAUUAGUUAUCCAGGAGCCAUGCUCAAUAUCAUGGUCAAGGAGGGCUUUACCAAUCAUCAAUACCAGGAGCUGGUGGACUCGGCAUCUCUAACAUAUGAGACCAGAGCUGAGAACAGCAUCUUCUUUGAGGUCGAUGGGCCAUACCUGGCUAUGAUCCUACCUGCCUCUAAAGAAGAAGGCAAGAAGCUCAAGAAGAGGUACGCAGUGUUUAAUGAAGAUGGAUCGCUGGCUGAACUGAAGGGUUUCGAGGUGAAGAGAAGAGGUGAACUUCAGCUCAUCAAGAUCUUUCAGUCUUCUGUGUUUGAGGCUUUUCUGAAAGGCACAACGCUAGAAGAGGUGUACGCGUCUGUGGCUAAAGUGGCCGACUACUGGCUCGAUGUACUGUACAGCAAGGCUGCUAACAUGCCAGAUGCCGAGUUGUUCGAGCUCAUUUCGGAAAACCGCUCAAUGUCCCGUAAACUGGAAGAUUACGGUGAACAGAAAUCCACGUCUAUCAGUACGGCCAAGCGUCUUGCAGAGUUUCUUGGAGAUCAGAUGGUUAAAGAUGCCGGCCUCAGCUGUCGAUAUGUCAUCUCUCGCAAGCCAGAGGGCUCGCCUGUUACAGAGAGGGCGAUCCCUUUGGCCAUUUUCCAGGCUGAGGAAAGUGUUAAAAAGCAUUUUCUUCGCAAAUGGCUGAAGAUGCCCAGCCUUCAUGAUCUGGACAUCAGAUCUAUUCUGGACUGGAGUUACUACAUUGAGCGAUUAGGUAGUGCCAUUCAAAAGAUUAUCACUAUCCCUGCAGCUCUUCAACAGGUUAAAAACCCCGUACCCAGAGUUCGCCAUCCAGACUGGCUUCAUAAGAAACUUCUGGAAAAGAAUGACAUCUACAAGCAGAAGAAGAUCAGCGAGCUCUUUACCAGCGAAGGAAAGAGACAGGUGGCUCAGCAAACUCUUACAGCAGGUGAUACUCCUGAUAUGGAGGAUUUUGGGGCUCCUCAGCGACCCCUGCAGCCCGCCAUACUCAUCAGCACUAAGAGGAAGAGGAUUUCUCAGGGAGGGGACAGUCAGGCUGAGUCUCAAGAGCAGGAGCUCACUCAGUCUUGGAGAGAAAUACUUGGAUCACCGCCAUCGAUGGGUAACAGUCGGGAGGAAAUUCUUGUCUGGCUCCGUUACCAUAAGAAAAAAUGGGAGCUGCAGCUUCGGCAGAGAAAGGAACGUCGUAAGCGACGACGGUUGGUUGAUGGAGAAUCUCAGCCAACAGGAGGCGGCGUAAUCCGUGAUGGACCGACAACGGGGCUCGGUAGCUUUUUGCGAAGAACCGCCCGCAGUAUUCUAGACAUGCCCUGGCAAAUUGUUCAGAUUGCAGAGACCAAUCACCCGGGCCUGUUUAAGUUAUGGGCCGUCAUUGGCAGUGAUCUCCACUGCAUGAAACUCAACAUCCCACGAGUGUUUUAUGUCAACCAAAGAGUGCCCAAGCAAGAAGAGACGGCUACCUGCAAAAAGGUAAACCGGAUACUUCCGCGGUCAAGCGUGGUGUAUUUUCUGUACCAGUACACGGUUCCUGAGGACAUGUACCAGGAACACAUCAAUGAGAUCAACGCUGAACUCUCUGCACCUGAUAUUGAGGGUGUCUAUGAGACUCAGGUUCCACUGCUUUUCCGGUCACUGGUCCAGCUUGGCUGCAUGUGUAUGGUCAACAAACAGGUGGUCAGAGACCUUGCUGGCAGAGAGGCAGAUACGUUCGAUCUGGAACAUCUAGAGAUGAGAUCUCUGGCCCAGUUCAGCUACCUUGAGCCAGGCAGCGUAAGGCACAUCUACUUGUACCAUCACAGUCAGGGUCAUAAAGCUUUGUUUGGUCUGUUCAUACCCUCCCAACGCAAAGCCAGCAUCUUUGUUCUUGACACGGUGCGUAGUAAUCAGAUGCCAAACCUGAAUACGCUGUACAGCGCGGAGCGCACCGCACUGCUGGAGAAGACCACAGAAGACCUUCUGCCUCCUGAAAAACAUCUGUUUGAAGUCCGUGCUGAAAACGACAUAAAAGCGAUUUACCGUGCGCUGCAACGCAUUCUGUUAAACUACAAGGAGGAACGUCGUGGGCCGACCCUGAUUGCUGUUCAGUCUAACUGGGAUCGCCGGCGACUGGCUGCGGGUAUGACUGUCCUGGAGGAGUUUCCGGUGGUGCCGGUUCACGUUAUGGAUGAGAUAAGCUACAAUGUUCUGGACUGGCAGCGCCACGGGGCUCGUCGUAUGAUCAAACACUACCUUAAUCUGGACAGCUGCCUCUCACAGGCUUUUGAUAUGGCCAGGUAUUAUCACUUACCUGUAGGAAACCUGCCUCAGGACGUUUCUAUAUUUGGGUCGGAUCUAUUUCUCGCACGUCAUUUGAGAAAGCACAACCACCUGCUGUGGCUGUCACCUACGGCACGGCCCGACCUCGGGGGGAAAGAGGCUGACGACAGCAGACUGGUGAUGGAGAGUGAUGAGAGAGGGUCCAUGGAGAUCAACAGUCAGGGCUGCUACUCUACAGUAUGUGUGGAGUUGGAUAUUCAGAGUUUGGCGGUCAACACCAUUCUGCAGUCCCAGCAUGUGAACGACAUGGAGGGCGGGGCCAGCAUGGGCGUCAGCUUUGAUGUCAUUCAGCACGCGUCACUGGAGGAAAUGAUGUCAGGGAAUCAGACAGCAAAUGCAGUGGCCAGCUAUGACGAGACCGCGCUCUGCUCUAACACGUUCAGGAUUCUGAAGAGCAUGGUUGUGGGAUGGGUUCGAGAGAUCACGCAGUAUCAUAACGUCUACGCUGAUAAUCAGGUCAUGCAUUUUUACCGCUGGCUGCGAUCUCCGAGUUCACUACUGUACGACCCGGCGCUGCAUCGCACCCUUCUCAACAUGAUGAAGAAAAUCUUUUUACAGCUUGUGGCAGAGUUCAAGCGUCUGGGAUCGUCUGUGAUCUAUGGAAACUUCAAUCGUCUCAUUCUCUGUACCAAGAAACGAAGCAUUAAUGACGCCAUUGCAUACGUGGAGUACAUCACUAACAGCAUACACUCACGGGAGAUCUUUCACUCUCUGUCCAUCACAUUCUCACGCUGUUGGGAAUUUCUGCUGUGGAUGGAUCCCGCUAACUGUGGAGGAGUGAAGGGGAAACUGCCUUCAAGUCUUCACUACGGAGAGGAUGGCAAUGAAACGAGCAAAAAGAAAGCUAGAGCGGAGGAUGAUGGAAGCGAGGAUGAGGAUGAUGAAGAAGAAAACAAGGGAGAAGAUGAGGAACAGGAUGGUGACGGAGAAGAUGUCGAAGACUUGAUUGAAAGUAACUGGAACAUCAUGCAGUACCUUCCUCAGACAGCGUCUUGUCAGAAAUACUUCCUCAUGAUCAUCUCGGCCUAUAUUGCUGCUGUAUAUCAUAGCAUGAGGCAGGAGCUUCGGAGGAACGCCCCUGGUGCCACGCCCAUAAAGAGGCGGGGUGGGUCCCAGGUAUCCCAACAGCCCACUGGGGAUGUCAGUGCACUUCCUGGUUUAAUUACGUUCUCCCAGGAGUACGUGUCAAGCGAACUGACACAGAACUUCUUCACCAUCACGCAGAAGAUUCAGAAGAAGGUGUCGAGCACCCGAAGUGUCACUCUCCCAUCUGAGAUGUUUCCCGUCCUUCCUGGUUCCCACCUGCUCCUUAAUAACCCCGCGCUGGAGUUCAUCAAAUACGUCUGCCAGGUGCUUUCUCUGGAUGCUAACAUCGUCAACCAGGUUAACAAGUUGAAGCGUGAUCUAUUGCGAUUGGUCGACGUUGGAGAAUUCUCAGAGGACGCGCAGUUUCGUGAUCCCUGCAAGUCUUACGUCCUACCUGAGGUCAUCUGCCACCAGUGUAACUUCUGCCGUGACCUCGACCUCUGCAAAGACCCUGCGGUCGCCCAGGAUGGUUCGGUUCUUCCUCAGUGGUUUUGUUCGAAUUGUCAGGCCCAGUAUGAAACGGAGUCUAUAGAAAUGGCCCUGGUGGAGGCGCUACAGAAGAAACUCAUGAGUUACACGCUACAAGACCUGGAAUGUACCAAAUGCAAAGGGGUGAAAGAAGCAAACAUGACGCUGUACUGCAGAUGUGCUGGGGAUUUUACUCUCACCUUCACCACAAAGAGCUUCUCCGAGCAGGUGGAGGUGUUCAGGAACAUCGCCGCUCACUAUAACAUGAACUUUCUGCUGGAAACUAUUGACUGGGUACUUGGUAUGAACACAUAGACACCUGAUAAACUGAAAUAGUUUAUUACUAUUUGUAUAUUCCAAAACGAAUUUGAAGCGUGUAUAGUACAGCAAUGUUAUUGAUAAAAUGUGCGGUUAUUUGGAAUGCUUGAAACAUGACUGAGAGAGAUUGUGUUUCUGAAAACCGUAAAGUGCUUUUUAUAUUUUUGUGUUUAAUAAAUAUUUCUGUAUAUGAAGAAUCCAUUAUUGUAAA